AUGCAGAUCUCACCCUUGCUGGCUGGUGGACUUUUACUUGCUCUGCUCUCCGUCAGGCUGGAGGCGAAGCCGGCGUCGCAGCUCCCACAGAAGGCUUCCCGCGGGGCGGCGGCGGCGGCGGCGGCUCCGCCUGAGGCGGCGGGCGCGGAGCGGGACAAGGAGCGGGACAAGGACAAGGAGAAGGAGCGGAGCCGCGGCACCGGCCCCAGGGAGGCUCGGGAGGCCCGGGCCGAAACCCGGCCUCGGGCGGGCUGGGCGAGGCUGCUGCAGGACCCGCCGGGCCGCCGCCACAAGGGCCUGCAGAAGAAAGGGCUCGGCAAGGGCUGCUUCGGCCUCAAGCUGGACCGCAUCGGCGCCAUGAGCGGCCUCGGCUGCUGAGGGACCCCUGGCGGGCUUUGAAGCAGCAGUCCGUUUUCUCCUACCACGGCCAGGCAUGGCCAGCCCCCAGGCAACGCCUAGAAG